AGUUGACGGUUGUAUUUCAGACAACAGAAGUAUCCUAUUCCGCAUCUUUCCGCUAAAGAUGGCGUUAUUCGUGAGUAUACUCGAUUUUUAAUUUUAAUAUUUUGUUUAACAAUAAAAAUAUUUAUAAUUUAGAGUAAGCAAUUUUAUUUAUCUUUCAAUAAGAAUAAAGUAAUAUAUCGAGCUAGAGAGCACAAUAGUGAUAGAAUUAAGACAGUCUGAUUCAAUCAGACAUUACCAUUAAAUUUUCGUUUAGUUCAAUUUAUUCGUUAAAAGAUUACGUCAAGCCCAUGUUUUAACCUAAUAUUUUCCAACGUUGUAAAAGGAUUGUAUAAAAAACUAAAACGAUUUUUACAAAAAGAUUUACCCACAAAUAUGUUGUUUUAUCUAAAAUUUGACUUUUGAACAGGUAUGAGACCUUCAAGUUGGAAUUUCGUAAUUCAAUAGAAUGAAGAUUUAUCAUUAAAGCAAAUUUGAGAAUUAAAAUACUAUUAUGAAAAUCGAUAGAACAAAAAUCAAACGCACUUCUAACGAAAUUACCCCUGAGUGUAAGCAAGUAAUAAACGACAUAUUAAAAUGCUCGGACGAUGAACUAGUAGACGAGCUCCGUAAGCUUAAGAGUUGGUCUUAUGGAAAGUGUGAGUUGUAUUUCUGGGCCAAUGUACUAGACCGUUUUGAUAGUAUUCUUGACAAAGCAGUUCAAUCUAAACAAGAAAAUUCAUAUUGUAUCAGAAUUGAUAGUCCCGAGGAAGAUAAACUAAGAGAACUUACCUUGGAAGUUUUGAAUUUUACUGCUCAUUUAGUAGAGCAUAGUUUCACUCGACAUCUUUAUAAUUCAUUAGAUCAUCUACUUGUACUUCUUGGAUCCACGAACUUCAGCAUAGUUCUCUGUGUAUUGAAUCUACUUUAUGUGUUCAGUAAACGAUCUAACUUCAUAGCAAGAUUAAAUGAAAGAAGUCGAGAACAAAUAUGUAUGCGCUUAGUCUUAUUAGCCGAGAGUUGGGGAGGGCGAGAAAAUGGAUUUGGUUUGGCAGAUUGCUGUAAACCUGAUGGGUCAGUUACUUUUCCAACGGGAGCCUCAACAUUACAUUGCGAAUGUUAUGUUGAUGAUGGAAAAGAAACAGAUAAACUGAUGAUUGUUGUUCACGAGGAGAACCUGACUAGCGAUCCUAGGAGUGCUGCAGAGAUUAUGGAUGAUUUAGUUACGCGUAGCAGUAUUCCAGAGAGUGAACGGCUUCAUGUUUAUAAUAGACUAAGACUAGCAAGAUACUUUUUACAAAGAUCAGCUCGAUUACAACUGGUUGCCUCCCGACUUGCGGCGAUAUCUAUACUGAUUUACGCAAACAUGUUCUCUGCUUUCCAGAAUAAACUGUUUUACAAUGGCUUGGUUGAAGAGUUAGUUGAACUUCUUCAACUGGAAGCUGAUGAUGAAAUCUGUAAUUCAAUGAUGGAAAUAAAAGCAGCUGCCUUGAAAACAUUAACGGCUUUCAUUAAUUUGGACAUUCCAUCUAAGUUGACCAACAUAAUUGAAGCAACUGGAGCAUCAUCCUACCAUGGAUUUCUACCAGUUCUAGUACGGAACUGCAUUCAAAAUAUGACAGAUCCAGAACGAAAGCCGUUCCCUCAAACUUUUGCCACGUCUCUUUUCAGUUUUUUAUACCACUUAGCCAGCUACGAAAAUGGCUGCGAUUCUCUUGUUUCUUGUGGAAUGAUGGAAUCUUUGAUUAAAGUCAUAAAGUGGUUCAGUGAAAAUCAGGAAAAUAUUAUGUAUGUGACAAGAGCGGUCCGAGUUGUCGAUUUAAUUACAAACAUGGAUAUGUCUGCCUUUACAUCUCACUCCGGUCUUCAAGCUUUUAAUGACCGGUUACAGCAUGAAAUUCAAAUAUGUCGAGAAGAGCAGUCUUACGAGAUUGUUCCCUUUGAAAAAACAGAAGAAAGUGGAUCAGGAUCUGGUGCUAUGGAAGUAGACGAACUGGCGUCCGAGGAGAAUGAUUACUACGAUUUACAAAAGAGCAUUUUAACAACUAAAAUUCAACCCAAAGGUCGGCAAUGCUAUCCUCAACGUUCAGCUCUGUUAAAAUCAAUGCUGAAUUUCAUAAAAAAAGCCAUACCUGAUGUUUCAUUUUCGGAUAGUAUUCGACAUCUUAUGGAGGGAGCUUUACCGGGUGCACUGCGGCACUUAAUAUCAAAUGCUGACUACUACGGGCCAUCUCUCUUUUUAUUAGCCACGGAUGUUGUUACUGUAUACGUUUUCCAAGAACCUUCUUUAUUAUCCUCUCUUCAAGAUAGUGGAUUAACAGACGUGGUCUUACAUGCUUUACUUAUUAAGGAUGUACCAGCAACGAGGGAAGUUCUUGCAUCUCUACCAAAUGUUUUCAGCGCACUUUGCUUGAAUACACGCGGUCUGGAAGCAUUUGUUAAAUGCCAGCCAUUCAAACGUUUAUUCAAAGUUCUACUGUCACCUUACUACCUGCCCGCAAUGAAGCGUCGUAGAACAUCUGAUUCAGUGGGAUCAAGAGAUACAGCUUCGAAUCUAGGAUCUGCUAUGGAUGAAUUGAUGCGACAUCAACCAUCUUUAAGAACAGAAGCAACUAAAGCAAUAAUCAGAUUACUAAAUCAAUUGUGCAAACUAGGAAAUGAUCCGACAUAUGUCUGUCAAAAAGUUGGAGCAACUACUCAUGCUGCAGGCUUAUUAACAACUGCUUCAACCGCUGCAAUUGGUGCUGCUCACAGUGCAACUCCAGAUGGUGUAAUGUCUGAAACUGAUCGGAGAAAUACGGAUGUUGCUGGGAAUGUUGGUUCAACUGCACCACCUCAAGGAACUGCCGAAGAUGAAGAGAGUUCAUCUGAAGACGAUGAUCGCGAUGAUGAGGAAGAUGAUGAAACAGAUGAUGUUGAACGAGUGGCAAUGCAAGAAUCUUCUUCCACAGAAACUACUGCUCCAGCUGUAGAGGCAAAAUCUAAAGUAUCUGAUGCAAGGCAGAUACCUAUUCCACUUUUAGAUUACAUUGUCAACGUGAUGAAAUUUGUUGAUGCUAUCCUUUCAAACAAUACGACUGAUGAUCAUUGUAAAGAAUUCUUAAAUCAAAAUGGUUUAGUUCCCCUAAUGAAUAUUUUUGAUAUGCGAAAUUUGCCUCUUGAUUUCCCUCUCUCUACUGCAUGCCAGGCGACAUCAACUGUAUGCAAAAGCAUAAUGAUUCUUUCAAGAAAUCAAUGCGUUUUAAGCGCGUGUUGCCUUAGAAUACAACCUGUUCUCGAAAGGCUUGAACGAAUGCAUAAUGUAAAUGAGCAACCCCGAACUUCACUACUUGUACAAGAAUUGGCUGCCAGUGACGAUCCUUUCGAUGCCUUGACAAACCCAGACAAAUCUCCAAUGUUACACAGUUUAACUUCUGUUCAUGCUUAUGUUAUCACUAUGAUGAAUACUUGCAAGCAGUCUAUUGCAGAGGCUCGUAACAGAAAUUUAAAUCUCCUUGGUUCUCCACCAAAUUAUCAAAUUGUUCAAACAUUAUGUAAGUUAUAUUUGGCUUUAGUUUGGGAGAGUACAGUUUUGCUGGGGCUGUGUUCUGAAUCGAACACCAACUAUCCAAAUUCAGCUCCAGGGAGGCAAGAACUGAAUAUUUUGACUGAAGUGAUGGUUAAAGAAUUAAAAAGAACUGGAGAAGCUUCUUCUUUAGGCGAUGGGAAUGGGGUUUCUCGAGCGAUGGAAAGUUUAUCCACCGCCGAUCAUUCUCCUCCACAGGCUAUGGAAAUCGAAGGCGAACAAAAGAACGAAAAGCUCUUAAAGCAUGCCCAAAAUCAAGCGAAAAUAAAAUUCUUAAAACCCUUAUUGUCAGUAACAUCUCGACUGGGACGAGCUCUGGCAGACUUAUUUGGAGUGCUUUCUAAAAUGGCCGUUGGAACAACUUCAAGAGUAAGACCUCGUCAACAUCCACCAGCACCGACAGCUCCAACUGAAGCAGCGAAAGCAAUAGCGACAACGUUGACCCAACUACUUACUGCAGGCCUGACAUGGAAGAUACCACCUGAUUUAGAAAAUUUACCACGUCUUAGAUUAACAUUUCUCAUCUGCUCGGUUGGAUUUACUAUGCCAAUGUUGUUCGAUGAGAAAAAACAGGCAUAUCAUUUGAUGAUGUAUAAAUUUUUUCAAGCUGGAGGCCAGAAGGCGCUUGUCGAUGCUUUUAAGUGGGUUUUAGAAUAUGGAGAAAACGAAAGUAAAAAUGAAAACAGUGUUCCAGAUGGUGUUGGAGAAUUUUUAGAUUCUUGGCUCUUGCUAGCGGAAAGACUAGUUAAUCCAAAAAUUUUUCUUGUUUCAAUUCAUACAUUAGUACCAAAAACUUUGUUUAAUGAUAUUGCCUUUAUGAUGGGAUUCCAAAAAGAGAUAUUCUCACUGAUUUCUAACAAUUUGUGGAAUAAGUGUCCCAUUAAAGGAUACGGAGAACGUUUAAGUCAAGCAACUCUAUCUAUUUUGUGCCAUAUUUUAUCUUCAGAGAAUAAUGUACAACAUAACAAAGACGGAAAAAAAGAUGGAAAUAAAGAUGGGUCGAGUGCGGCUGUUUCUAAGUGGUUGACGGAUGUAGAAAGUGGUGAAAUGUCUCCUGCUCCAAGACCAACAUCUCCAAAUCGAACCCAUAUGAGCCUCCUUAUAGAUAUGGGGUUCAGACCUGCACUAGUGGCACGAGCUCUGCGACAAACAAACAGUUUAGAAGGAGCAACUGAUUGGAUUCUGGCCCAUAUGGAUUUACCCGAUGAUGAUGUUGGAGAUGUCGAUAUGGCAGAUGAGGAAGAGAACCUGCGCCGUGCUGUACAAUUAUCUAUGGAAGGAGUCGGAGGGGCGCCUUCUGUUUCUUCUGGAGCUGCUGCCGCCGCUUUGGCUGCAGCUGAGGUUAAGAGAGAGAGUUCAAAAGCUGAAUGCCUAAAUGAAAUAGAUAUUAAGGAGAGCCUUCCGAUUCCCUGUGAUCCUAUCAGUACAGAAGAUCUGGAUAGAUUUGUUGAAGCUUUAAUACCAGGAUGCAUAAAAGCUGUGGAUGAUUAUCCCGACUGUACUUUCAAAGUGUGUGAAAUAUUUGUAACAGUUUCAAAGCGCAAUGGUCAAGACUGGACAAGAUAUCUUGUAGAAACAAUUUGUGAUGAUAUUAAUGCUCAUGUCAUCUCUCGCUGCCUUGAUACUUUAACUGGAGUCAAAAAAGAUGAAAUAGAAAUCCAACGUAAAUUGGCUGUUCGGUUACAUCUGUUGUGCCUGCUAAUUCAAGAUUUAGGUACUCAAGUAGCCGUUGUUAUCGAGAGAACAAACCUAUUAGGAAAUAUUGCAAAAUGUCUUUUCACUUGUAAAGACCAGUUCAAUCAACCAAUAAUUCCUGAGUCGUUAAAUAAAUGGAUCACUCCUGCUCUGGUUCUUGUUGAUUUAUAUGAAAAAGUAGCUGUGUCUUCUCAAAGACAUUCUGAAUUGGAAGCCCUUCUCAAUACAAACAAAUAUGAGUGGAAGUGGUUAGAUGACAGAUCUAAUAAAUGGUGUAGUUUCAAUGAAGGAACUGCAAAACAAAUUGACGAGGCAAUCAAAGAUGGGAGAGAUUUUAUUAAAUUUACGGCCAGCCGGCGUAAUUACAAAAUUGAUUUAUUAAAUAUGGUUCAAAUUAAUGAAGAAACUGGUAAGCGACGACCAGUCCAGCUUAUUGAAAAGAAAAACUUAAUUGAAACGGGAGAUACAACUGUUAAUGCGGCAACGCUUGAGGGAUUGGAUGUUGUUAAAAAUUUCAAAGAAAAUCUCGCUCCUUCUAGUGCAUCUACAGUCACUUCAGCCAGUGCAGAUCUCACCGUACCUCCUGCUGUAGGUGCAGAAGAAACAAAGAGGGCUGUUAGCUACGCUGUUAGCAGUUUGUCAUCAACCUCUACCAUGAGCUUCGUUUUACAAGCAAUGCUACAUAUCUUACGGAAACGUGAUAAUAUUGACGAGUCAUUAUUAAAUGCUGUUACAAGAUUAAUUUUGAGAGUUACACGUCAAAAAGAUCAUGCUUUGGAAUUUUAUAAUGAAGAUGGCGUAAAGCUACUGCUAAAUCUUCGUUCCGUUAAACCACCUUUCCAAGGAUUCAUAACAAUGAGUACACUGAUCAUUCGUCAUGUCUUGGAACAUGAUGAAGUUCUCAUGAAGCACACGAUGGAAAAAGUUAUAAAAUCUGCUGUUGCUUCAUCUCAAAAUAUGGACUUUGGAGGCAUACCUAAGAAAGAAAUGUACUGCAUAUUACGUUGUUUAGCCCCAGCUUGCGCUCGAAAUGAAGAAGCAUUCGACCGUACUGCUCAGCAAUUACUCUGCAUAGCUUUACCAUUGAUAAAAGAAGAUGAGGCAAAAUUACAUACCACCAACCAGCCUCAAUGCUUGGAGGUGAAAAAUCCUCUUCCAAACAAAAAUGAGCUUGCAAAAGCGGAUUCCAAAUUUAUCAUAGAUAUAUUCUUCACUAUGAAAAGAAUGCUUCUUGAAAAUAACUCAGAAGCAACUCCAAUGAAUGUUGAAGAUUCAACUAUCGAAAACGACAGCAAGUUUGAAUACAUGUUUAAUAAAGGUUCAUUACUAUGCCUGAUUGCUGAAAUUGUAAGAGCGUAUACUCCAUGCGUUUAUCUAGUCACUGAUCAAUCUUCAGGAAAAGACUGUUCAGUAUUAUCAUAUGCUCUGAACGAACUACUAACAGUGGAAGGUGCAAGUAAUGAUAAAACAAAUAUUCGGGAAUGUAAUCCACUUGUACGAACUCUUGUGGCCUGUAUUGCUUCCUGUUCACAUGUGCCUGAGGCUCAGAGUUGUUUAGUAAACGAACUGAAAAUUAGUCUUCAAAAAGCCGUUGUUAUGCCAGAGAGCCGAGCGAAGCAUGAAAAUAUGCAGGCACUUUGUUCGCUUAUAAAUACAGCUAUUGAUGCUUGUCCACCACCGAGUAGCAGUUUACCCGGAGGAGGCCGGUCCCUCUUCAUCGAUCAGAAGCAAACGGGAGGAAUGUCUAAUAUAGUGAAGCUACUAGUUAAGAAAAAUCUUGUUGUCGAUUUGGCUAGAAUAGUUCAUUCUUUAGAUUUAUCAGGACGAUACUUGGUUCCAACGAUAAAUCAAGCACUUCGUCCACUUGAAUUGCUAACUAGACUUGUUAAUCAGCCUCAGACAACUGCAGCAACUUCAAAAAAGCCAAAAACAAGACGUUCAAAUACCGAAUUAGCAGUCACAACAGAGGAAAAUCAAUCGAUUCCUCAGGAAGGUGAUAGCUCGAGGUUGGAUGUUGAACCGACAGCCGAAGAAGAAGGUCCCGAUACAACGCUCGCAGUUGAUCCAACAGAUGGAACUGUCAUGAAUGUUUCAGAAACGAAUGAAGCUGCUGAAGGACUCGAAGAACUCAUUGAAGAUAUAUUACAAGAUGUUGUGGGAGAUGAACCUGAAGGUAAUGAAAUUAUCGGAGAUGUUAUCAUUUCUGCAUCUUCCACACCUCGUCAUCACAAUGAUGAAGAUGAUGACGAAGACAAUGAUGAUGAAAUGGAAGAGGAUGCUCAUGAAGAAACUUUAGAAGGAAACAAUGAAAAUGUUCACGAGAAUGACGGUGAGACAGGAGCAGAUUCAUUCAUGAUAGAGGAGGAGGAACAUCAUUCUGAUGAGGACGAUGUCGACGAUGACGAUUCCGACGAUGAAGAAGAGGAAAAUGCUCAUGAUGAAGAAGAUGAAGAUGAGGAAAUCGAAGAUGAUAAUGAGGACGAGGGAUCCGAUAUGGAAGCAGGACAGGAAGAAGAUGAAGAAGAUGCCCUGGAAGAAGUUCACGUCGAAGAAUUUAACAUUAGAGAUAUAGACAGUAUAGUUGGUAUGCGCAAUUUUCCUGUUAUUAUUAGUCCUGAUGACAAUGCCAAUGAAGUGUUGUCAAGUUCAAAUACAAGUGUCCAACCAUCUCACCCUAUUCUCAAUCGGCAAGGUUCUUCAGCAGUAGAUCAGAGAACUUCAAAUAGAGGAACAGGAAUUAGUUCAGCAGCUAACGCUGUAAAUCGACAAAUUCGAGCUCGAAGAGUUCUGACCCAUAAUAGUGGUACUAACGCAAUUCAUGUUCAUUAUUCGCCUGAUCACCCUCCUGCUGUUUUGCAACGGUUACUUGGCGCUGAUAUUAUGCAUAUAGCAGAUGUAAUAGGCAGCACUGGAAGAGGAGGAAGUCUAUUAACAGCCCUAGCUCCACAUGCUAUUCGCCUACAGCGAUCUUCACCAGACGAUAUGAAUAAUGAUGAAAUCGAUAUUCCUGGUAUUGGAAGCCUAGCAGGAAUACCAUCCUCUCUAACACGCUGGCGAGAAACAUCUCAAAUUCUAGAUUCAAAUAGUUUAUAUACCUUAAUUCAGAUUAAAUCACAAUCCGUUAGUCGGGAACUGGAGAGGGAGAGAGACUUAAAAAUCGCCAGUAGAAGAGAAAAGCGAUUAAAAUUGAAAUUAGCCGCUGAUGGUGGUGACAAGAAACAAAGUACAGAUAUGUGCACCUCAGUGAUAAAUAUUGGAGAUCGUAGCAUAGAGGAUAGCAUUGGUGAGGAAGAGCCUGAAGAAAAUGUUAUUGAAGUUGACCCUAUUAGAAGCGAAGCAGCUGAAUCUCUGGAAAUGAGUCUUUCGUCCAGAAUAGUUAAUGAGGCCUUACCUAUUGAAACGACUCAAAACAUGGCUCUUGAACAAAUCGAAAGUAACCGAGAAGUUCCUGAAGAAAGUGGAAGGGAAGUGGUAAUAAAUUCAGCUGGAACACGUGAGGAAGCAGAUGAAGAAGUAGAUGUCGAAAGGAUAGACAGCGCUGCCGCCAGUGCUUCAUGGAGUGCUCCAAACCCUACUACUACUCCCGAAACGUCAUCAACGGAUAAUAGAAUUGCUCAAGCAUCAAAUAUUGUAUCAUCAGCUAUGGCAGCUGUUUCAGCAGACUCCGGCUCAAGUAUUCCAGAAGGCAUAGAUCCUUCUUUUCUUGAGGCUUUACCAUCUGACAUACGUCAGGAAGUAAUUAACAAUCAACUACAAAUGCAGCGAAUACAAAGACGAGCGGAAGAAACAGGCAUGGACUUAAAUUCAUCUGUGAAUGCUGAAUUUCUAGCGGCACUACCUCCUAACAUUCAAGAAGAGAUUUUAGCUCACCAACGGGCUCAACAAGCAACUGCAGUUCCUCCUGACGAUAUUGAUGCGAAUACUGUCCUCAACACCCUAACUCCAGCAGUAAGGCAACAGGUGUUGGCAGAUAUGGAUGACUCAUAUCUAGUUCAACUUCCAGAAGAUAUAAGAAAUGAAGCUGCAUCUUACAGACGGAAUUAUGAACAACAACAGCGCCGUUUAUUUGGAGAGAGACUAUUUGAUCACUCGCACAGCUUAACCACUUUCUUGCGUCAUGCUAAUGUGACUGCUAGACGUAUUGCUAGCAGUAGAAAUCCUUAUGUUUCAUCAAGUAUCCGUCGAAACAGACAUAUAAGCGCCCAUGGUCCCAGAAAUCCGCCAUACAACACCGAUGACCCUUCAGGUUCGGCGUUACAUGAAAAAAAUAGAGGAAAACAUUUGUUGGAUGCUGAGCCACUUUCUUGUCUGUUAAUUUUACUUUUUAUCAACGAGUCGUCUUUAAAUUUUGCCAAGCUGCAAAAAAUUCUAAAAAAUUUAAGCUAUCACGCGCCCACAAGAAAAUGGAUAGUAUCUGCUCUUCUUAGUGUCCUUCGAAAAGCCUCAAACAGUAGUGAGUCGAUUGGCUCUAAAGCAAAUUGGUUAUCAUUAUCUUUAGAUGCUGCUUUGGGUUGUCGAGCAAAUGUUUUUGAAAUCUGUCGACAAACUGGAAAGAAACAACCUUCAAUUUCUAUUCAUCCCCAAGCUGCUUCAGCAGUCUGUCGUAAAGUUCUUGAAACGUUAACAUCACUGGCGAAGUUCUUCCCAAAUCAAUUCCUACCCGAGUUAAAUCAACGAUCAUCUGUUAUGCCUCAACAAAACAGAUCUUUAGAUAUUUGGGAAUGUUUGCUUAAGCUAGAUAGUGGUGCUGCAAAAGGUAAAGGAAAGCAUGUACAACGAACAAUUACACCCGACUCUAAUACCUUGUCGGACUUCGAAAAUACAUCCCUUAGUGAUAGUGCUUUUUCGAAAAUAAUGGAAAUGUUGUCAACACCCAUAUUUAAAAGAUCGCAAUCAUUGACUGAUAAACUCCUUCAUUUGUUAUCAACUAUCUCCAAUGCUAUACCAGGACUAAAACAAGAAAAAGAGUUCAAGACUGAUGAGCAAUUACCUGCUGAUAGUGAAACAGCAGCCUCGAAUACUCUACAAAAGAAGAAAGAGGAGUCUGAAAAAGCACCUAUACCUUCUCAAUUGGCCCUGCUAAUUGAUGUUGUCACCUCCAAAUGCUGCUCCGAAGACGGCUUAUCGGAUGCUUCUAGUGUUCUAAUUCGUCUUUCAAACAUGCAUCCAGAUAUCAAUAGAGAGAUAGACAAAUUGCUUCUUUCUGGAGCUGCUCAAUUAGGUGUUGUUGUGUGCGAACAGAUUAUAAAACUUAGAACUGAACUAGGAAAAUAUGUCACUUUAAAAACCGAAGAUGACAACGAAGAUAUACAGGAAACCGUUCAAAGAACCAAUUCAACUAAAGGGCAAAUUGAAAAUAGAUUUGACACUGGAAAUAAUGUUGUAUUGAAUGCACCUUCAAACGUUAAGCAACAUAGCGAAUUACAUUUAUCUUCGAUGGUUGAUCUUACAUGCAAAGGAUCAUCUCAACACUAUUUGCUCAGGCUACUAAAAAUCAUAAUUGAAUUACGACAAACAGCUCUUGACAAAAAGAAAGAAAAAAAAGAAAGCGAACAAAAAAAAUCAGAAGAUACCAAUGAUAAAGAUGUUAGUACUGCUGAAAAUGUAGCGUCAAUGGAUACCACAGUGGAAACAGUUAAACUAAGCGAUGCUCUUCAACUAGAUAAUUUGUGGAUCAAUCUUAGUGAAUGUUUAACUAGUUUGUCGAUGGCACCAGAUCCGCAUGCUGUACUUGUUUUACAAUCAACAGUGGAAGCAUUUUUUUUAGUUCAUGCAGGUGCAAGAGAUCGCGAUGAACCUGAGAAAACACCUGGAACAAUUCGAGAUCGAAGAAGAUCUGACCGAGCCAGCUUGGAGACAACUGAUAAUUCUGCAAAUCUAUUCCAUUUGCCAGAAAAUGCGGAUUCUGAUACAAAAAAAUUCCUGCAGUUUGCUGAUCGCCACCGCACUGUUCUAAACCAAAUUUUACGCCAGUCCUCAAUUGCUUUAGCAGAUGGUCCGUUUUCUGUUCUUGUCCAUCAUACCAGAAUAUUGGAUUUUGAUGUCAAACGUAAAUAUUUCCGUCAAGAACUUGAGCGUUUAGAUGAGGGCGUUCGUAGAGAAGAUCUGGCCGUCCAUGUUAAAAGAACAUCUGUAUUUGAUGAUUCUUUUAAGGAAUUAAAUAAUAAACGAGCAGAAGAGUGGAAAAAUAGAUUCUAUAUAGUUUUUGAAGGAGAAGAAGGACAGGAUGCCGGUGGUUUAUUAAGAGAAUGGUAUCAAAUUAUUUCCAAGGCCAUAUUUAAUCCAAUGUACGCUCUCUUUUCCAUAAGCCCAGCUGAUAGAGUAACAUACAAUAUUAAUCCUUUGUCUUACGGCAAUCCCAAUCACUUGGAUUACUUCAAAUUUGUUGGGCGUUUGAUUGCUAAGGCUAUUUAUGACAAUAAACUCCUUGAUUGCUAUUUUACUAGAUCAUUGUAUAAACAUUUAUUGGGAAAACCUGUAAAAUAUACCGAUAUGGAGAGCGAAGAUUAUAGCUUUUAUCAAGGACUGGAAUUUCUACUCAAUCAUCACGUUAGUGAAUUGGGUUAUGAGCUUACUUUUAGUACUGAAGUAAAUGAAUACGGGGUAAAUACCGUCCGUGAUCUUAUAGAGAAUGGAAGAAACAUUCCAGUAACUGAAGAGAAUAAGAAUGAAUAUGUUAAUAAAGUAUGCCAGAUGAAAAUGACUGUUGCCAUCAGAGAUCAAUUAGAGCAAUAUUUAAAAGGAUUUUACGAAAUUAUACCAUAUAAACUGAUUUCUAUCUUUAACGAACAAGAACUGGAGUUGUUAAUUUCUGGAUUACCAAAUAUCGACAUAGACGAUUUAAAAGCAAACACUGAAUAUCAUAAAUACGAAGCUACCAGUUUGCAAAUUCAAUGGCUUUGGAGGGCUCUAAGAUCUUUUGAUCAAGCGGACCGUGCCGCAUUUUUGCAAUUCGUCACAGGAACUUCAAAAGUUCCCUUACAGGGUUUUGCACAUUUGGAAGGAAUGAAUGGAACACAAAAAUUUCAAGUUCAUCGAGAUGAUCGAUCGACAGAAAGAUUGCCAUGUGCUCAUACCUGUUUUAAUCAACUUGAUCUACCAGCGUAUGAAACUUACGACAAAUUACGAAAAAUGCUACUUUUGGCCAUACAUGAAUGCUCGGAAGGAUUCGGGCUAGCUUGA